UAGUUUGGAAUGGUCAGCUGUCAUUGUGGAUGAAGCCCAUAGAAUCAAGAAUCCAAAAGCUAGAGUAACAGAGGUUAUGAAAGCUUUGAAGUGUUAUGUCCGCAUUGGCCUCACUGGAACCAUUCUUCAGAACAAUAUGAAAGAACUGUGGUGUGUUAUAGACUGGGCUGUGCCAGGACUUUUAGGUAGCGGGACCUACUUCAAGAAGCAGUUUUCUGACCCAGUAGAACAUGGUCAGAGACACACAGCAACAAAAAGAGAACUAGCCACUGGCCGAAAAGCCAUGCAAAGGCUUGCCAAAAAGAUGUCUGGCUGGCUUCUCAGGCGUACCAAGACUCUUAUCAAGGAUCAGUUACCUAAGAAGGAAGACCGGAUGGUGUAUUGUUCUCUGACAGAUUUCCAGAAAGCGGUCUAUCAAACAGUAUUAGAAACAGAAGAUGUGACUUUGAUACUUCAGUCUUCUCAGCCUUGUACCUGCAGCAGUGGGCGGAAGAAGAGAAACUGCUGUUACAAGACCAAUGCGCACGGUGAAACAAUGAAAACCUUGUAUCUCAGUUACCUAGCGGUCCUCCAGAAAGUAGCUAAUCAUGUUUCGCUCCUGCAGGCUGCCAGCACCUCCAGACAACAGGAAACCCUUAUCAAAAGGAUAUGUGAUCAGGUAUUUUCCAGAUUCCCUCAUUUUGUUCAGAAAAGCAAAGAUGCAGCUUUUGAAACACUUUCUGACCCUAAAUACAGUGGAAAAAUGAAGGUCCUUCAGCAGCUUUUAAAUCAUUGCAGGAAAAAUAGAGAUAAAGUUCUUCUCUUUUCUUUUUCCACCAAGUUGCUGGACGUGCUGCAACAAUACUGUAUGGCGGCUGGGCUCGAUUACCGGCGACUUGAUGGAAGUACAAAAUCAGAGGAGAGACUCAGGAUCGUGAAAGAGUUCAACAGCACACAAGAUGUUGACAUUUGCCUUGUCUCCACAAUGGCUGGUGGACUAGGCCUCAAUUUUGUUGGUGCCAAUGUUGUUGUAUUAUUUGAUCCCACUUGGAACCCUGCCAAUGAUCUUCAAGCCAUCGACAGAGCAUAUAGGAUUGGACAGUGCAGAGAUGUCAAAGUAUUUAGGCUGAUCUCUUUGGGAACUGUGGAGGAGAUCAUGUAUUUACGACAGGUCUACAAGCAGCAACUUCACUGUGUGGUGGUUGGAAGUGAAAAUGCCAAGCGAUAUUUUGAAGCUGUUCAGGGGUCAAAAGAGCAUCGAGGAGAGCUUUUUGGGAUCCACAACCUCUUCAAGCUAAGGUCCCAAGGGUCUUGUCUGACACGGGACAUCCUGGAGAGAGAAGGCCAAGUGGAGGCCGGGAUCAUGACAGCCACAACAUGGUUGAAAGAGGGACCUCCAACAUGCAAACUAGAAACGCCUAAGGAGCCAGACUGUCAAGAACCCACAGCUCCAGAACAGCCUGCACAGUCCCUGGCAAAGGAAGCAUGUGAUCUCUGCAGCGACUUUAGUGAUGAGGAAUCAGCAGGAACCUCGGCAGUAAAGACUGCUAAAAACAAAGCACCUGAUUCAUGUAAAGCUUCUGGUUCUCCAGGACAGCUUACCCUGCUUCAGUGUGGUUUUUCUAAACUGUUGGAGACAAAAUGUAAAGCAGUUGAGGAUAAUACUGGAAACACUCCCUCUGCUGAUGAAAGUUCUGAUGAGGAGCCCACAUACCUUUCAGCAGAAGCCGAAGAUGCUGGUUGUCAGAAAAAUCAGAACUCUCUUGGUACUUCAAAACAUCAGAAAUUAGAUAACAUCCUAAAUCCAAAUGAAAAAUGCAUUUUUUAUAAAAGUGAGAAGACUUUAAAACAAAGCAUUUCUUCUGAGUCUGAUGAUGAGAAAAAACUAAAAAAUACAGAUGAACAUUGCAUUUUACAUAAUGUCACAGAAUCAGAAGAUAGCGAUGUCGUCUAUCCCACACAGCAGACACCUCACAGAUUCCCUGAGAAUAGUGUAAGUAAGCCACCCUUGGAUGGAUCUGAAAAUUCUGAAACAGAAAACCAUGUAAAAACAAUGACUGAUGAUGAUGUUCAAAAGACUGAUGACAAAGGAAAUGAAAUAAUUUCAAAAAUAUUAAAUCCUAAGAACACAACCCUGAAAUCUGUGAUGAAUAAAAAAGGCACUAGUGAUAUCAGUGAAGAAUCUGAUGACAUUGAAAUUUCUUCCAAGACCAGAGUAAAAAAGGAUAGAGCUACUAUUUCUUUAAGGUUUAAGAGAAAAAAGAAAAACAAAGGGGAGCUUCACAAUUUUCCUGGAAUAAUGAAGAGAACAAACGAACUGCCUACAAGAGAUGAGGAUCAUAACUCUCAGUUUAUUGAUGAUUAUUCAUCCUCGGAUGAUGAUUUAUCUAUCAGCCGCUUCAGUUCCUCUAAACAGAACCAGAGACCAAAAACUAGAAAAGACAGAAUCAGUUUAUCUUCAAAAUUGCCUAGCCAUAAUAAGAAAAAUGGCACUUUCGUACCAAGAAAGCCAAUGAAAUUUUCAAAUGAGACUGUCAGUCAAGAGCAGAUGUAUGAAUCACUGGAUAAAUUUUUAGGUGGCAUGCAGGAAGUGGCUUACAUUCACUCAAACCAGAAUGUGAUCGGAUCCAGCAAAGCCGAAAACCACAUGAGUCGGUGGGCGGCACAUGAUGUGUUUGAGUUGAAGCAGUUUUCCCAGCUGCCUGCUAAUAUAGCUGUUUGCAGUUCUAAGACAUAUAAAGAAAAAGUGAAUGCAGAUACACUGACUCACACAAAGAAGGACCAGCCACCAAGUGAAGGAAGCAUUUCAUUUCCUCUUUACUUUUCACAUCCUGUAAGCCAGAAGGAGAAGAAGGUCUACCGUACAGACCAGACCACCUUCAUAAUUGGACAGACUCCAAAAGGAAUCCGCAGGAAACAAUUUGAAGAAAUGAUGUCUUACUUUAACUCGUCUUCUACAAAGGAAUUUGCUAAACAUAUCAUUAAUGCCACAUCAGAAGAACGACAGAAAAUGCUAAGAGAUUUUUAUGCUUCUCAGUAUCCAGAAGUAAAAGAAUUUUUUGUGGAUUCUGCUUCAGAAUGCAUCAGUUCUGCCUGUGAGAAAAGAGAGAGAGUCAAGAAGAAAUCUGAAAAAAGAGAACCUCAUACAAAAGGAAGGCUGUCAAGUUCUGAAACUUUGUCACUUAAAGAUUCUGCUGACAAAAUUUCUCAAAUUUGCGGCUCAAAAAAACGUAAAGGAAAAUCCAUUAAGUUUCAGAAUCACAGUUCUUGUAGAGAAGAAGCACUUUCUGAUGAUGCAGAAACUCAGAAACCACCUGUUAGCUCCACCCAAGAGACUGACAGUGGGAAAAAGAGCCAGGCAUCCAAAGAUACUGUGGCAUCCCAUUCUCUGAACAGCAAGUCUGAAGCACAUGAUAGAACAUUAGAAAGCACUGUGAAAGACCAAGAGAACCUCACAAGAACAGAUGUUCUAAGUGGACCCCUUUUCAAAUUGGAAAACAAAAAGGUAGAAAAUCCAGCGUUGGAAAACACUUCCGUGGUAGACUUACUAGGUGACACCUCGAUUCUUGAUGACCUUUUUAAAAGCCAUGGGAACAGUCCCACACAACAGCCAAAGAAAGUUCGUUCAAGGCCCGUGGAAAAGGCAAAACAGAGACCAAAAGAUUUCUGGGACAUCUUGAAUGAGCAGAAUGAUGACAGUCUUAGUAAACUCACGGACUUGGCAGUCAUAGAGACUCUGUGUGAAAAAACACCCCUUGCUGCAUCCUCCAAAAGUAAAGAAGAACCUGAAACUUGUCUUUGGAAAUCAAAUGAGAACUUUUUAUGGAAAAACUUUCGCUCAAAUAAUGCAGAUGAAAAUACAACCAAUACACAGAGUGACACAUGA